AUGGCGGAAACAGAAGAGCUAUCUGAAGAUAUUAUAGUGAACAUCCUUACUCGGUUGCCCGUCAAGUCCUUAAUCCGAUUCACCUCCGUUUCCAAACGCCUGCAUUCCAUUAUAUUGUCCGAUCCCAAAUUCGCCCUAUCCCAACUUACAGCAGCUCGUCAGCAGAAAACCCUCAGCCGCAGACUCCUCGUCUCCACCGAGACUCUUCCACUCGAAUCCCUACACUUGGGUGAUACGGCGUCGUUUGGAGAGCCUUUGUCCGUUAGAAAGCUCAGCUUCCCUUUCCAGCCACAACCGGGCGGUUCUGUCAAGCUGCUGGGCUCCUGCAAUGGUCUGGUAUUUGUAGCUGUUGAUAAUAAAUCCCUUCAUAUCUGGAACCCGUCGAUUGGGUUCUUGAAGCAAUUACCUGAUCCAGGUUUUCCCUUGGAUGAUAAUGUGCUACCCUAUUAUGCUGUUGGCUAUUUAUCCGCCGCUGAUGACUACAAAGUUUUGGUAGCCUCCUGUGACUUUUGGUUAGGGGAGAUAGAGGUCAAGAUGUUCUCAUCGAGAACUCACAUUUGGCAGAGGAUUGAAUCCCCUUGCCGCUCCGACUUUCGACUCUUUCGUGGUCAGGGGACUCUUUCGAAUGAUGCAUUUCAUUGGCUAAGCUACCGCGACGAUGACGAGGAAGAGGAGCAUGAAAUAGUUUCUUUUGACUUGCAAGAGGAGGUGUUCCAGAGAAUGCCACUGCCUAAUUUCGACCAUGAUGGUAAGACUUACACCAGUCUUGGGGUUUGUGGAGGGUGCCUGUGUGUAUCGCGUUAUCCCAAGGGUGCUUGGGACUCUAUCGAUUUAUGGGUCAUGAGAGAAUAUGGCGUCAAUGGCUCAUGGAUUAUGCUUUUUAUCUUAAAGCUCUCUGAUCCGCCUGAGCUGCCCUCGUUUUCCAGACAAUUCUUGGGUGUGGAAAGUAGUACAUUUGCCGCGAGUUGGACUGACGAGGGGUCCCAGUUGAUAAGGAUUGAUCAUAAAGAAGACGACAAGCUUGGGCGGUAUAUGCUGAAGUACCGGUACCGGAUUUCUAUGAUUGAAUAUGAAGAAAGUCUACUUUGGAUUAGUAGUUAUCAUCCGGUAGAAGAGAAAGAGCAGGUCCAGAUGUUCGAAACCCAACAGAAGUCAUCAGGAAGCUGA